AUAUUCAAUUGGUGACUUUUCUAAUAGAUGAUAUGAAGUGUGAUGUCACUGUUACUGAUGGACAUGGUAGUAGUUGUGUCAUGCAUGCCUGUUUCUCUGGUAAUCUUGAUCUAGUACGAUCACUGAUACAACAAUACAAUUUUGAACCUAUCAAUAUUAAUAACUCUGGCUUCUCAGUAUUACAUGCAGCAGCUCAGAAUGGUCAUACUCAUAUACUGGAAUGGUACAGUCAGGAGUAUAGUGUGGAUAUUACUAAUCACACUGACAAUAACAAGCUCACACUAGCUCAUUCAGCUGCUUAUACAGGUAAGGUACAUUGUCUACAGGAACUGAUCAACAAGUAUCAGUGUGAUGUUAAUGCCACUACUACUAAUGGUAGUACUAUUCUUCAUAUAGCAUGUGCAGGAGGCCAUGUUCUUGUUGUACUUUAUCUCACUAGUCUUCCUCAGUGUAAUGUAGCAGCUACUACUUCUAAUGGAUCAACAGUUCUUCACAUUACCUGUAUGUCCAGUGGCUCUCUUCCUAUACUCAAACAUCUGGUAGAGAAUCAUCAGUUAGAUCUGUGUGCUCUGAAUAAUGAGGGAAUGGCUCCUAUUCACUAUGCAUGUAGUAAGGGAAGAUUGAACUUGGUCCGGUACAUUAUACAACAUUUAACAUUGCAAAACCAAAUUGGCUUGAUCAACACUAUUUUAAAGCAACAUGUGGCCACAAAUGGUAUAGUAGCAUUACAUUUAGCCUGUACGAGUGGUAAUAUUCAAUUGGUGACUUUUCUAAUAGAUGACGUGAAGUGUGAUGUCACUGUUACUGAUGGACAUGGUAGUAGUUGUGUCAUGCAUGCCUGUUUCUCUGGCAAUCUUGAUCUAGUACAAUUACUGAUACAACAAUACAAUCUUGAACCUAUCAAUAUUAAUAACUCUGGCUUCUCAGUAUUACAUGCAGCAGCUCAGAAUGGUCAUACUCAUAUACUGGAAUGGUACAGUCAGGAGUAUAGUGUGGAUAUUACUAAUCACACUGACAGUAACAAGCUCACACUAGCUCAUUCAGCUGCUUUUAACGGUAAGCUACAUUGUCUACAGGAACUGAUCAACAAGUAUCAGUGUGAUGUUAACGCCACUACUACUCUUACUGGUAGUACAGUUCUUCAUAGAGCAUGUGAAGGAGGUCAUAUUCCUGUUGUACUUUAUCUCACUAGUCUUUCUCAGUGUAAUGUAGCAGCUACUACUUCUAAUGGAUCAACAGUUCUUCACAUUACCUGUAUGUCCAGUGGCUCUCUUCCUAUACUCAAGCAUCUAGUAGAGAAUCAUGAGUUAGAUCUGUGUGCUCUGAAUGAUGAGGGAAUGGCUCCUAUUCACUAUGCAUGUAUUAAGGGAAGAUUGAACUUGGUCCAGUACAUUAUAAAACAAAUACCAUCAUCACUUGAACUACCUGUAAGAAAUCAUGGUCGUACUCCAUUCCUUAUUGCAGUACGUUUUAAUCAGUUAGAAGUUAUUAAAUUUCUUAUCAGUAAGAAGUGCAAUUUAUCAGCUACUGAUGAUGAAGGUUCUGGAGCAGUUCACAUAUCGGUAGCAAUAGGUCACUUGAUUGUAUUAAAGUAUCUCCUUGAUAAUAAUUAUUGUAAUCCUGUUGCAAUUGAUCACAACAAGAGUACACCGCUACAUGAUGCAGUAUUAGCUAAUAGAUUAGAUGUAAUAGAAUAUUUACUGAACAAGACCAUUCCCUCAGUUAGUGUGGAUUGGAUACGUAACACUAAGUGUUUAUUAGACUGUCCCCAAGAUUUAAUUUCUCAUGUUAAUGCUCAAGAUAAUAAUGGUAAUUCACCACUCCACAUAGCUUGUAGUACAGGACAGCAAAGUGUGGUAGAACUUUUGUUAAGAGCUAGUUUUUUUGCUAUUUGUCUAUUAUUAACUAACAAGGAAGGGCAGACACCAUUGCACAUAGCAGCUGCUGCAGGUCAUCAAGAAAGUAUUGAGGCUUUACUGUCUUCAGUAACUGAUAGUUCUACACAUCAUCAUCUCCUUACAGCUACUGAUGAUAAAGGAUGCACCGCAUUUCAUACAGCUUGCAGUAAUGGACAUGUUGAUGUGUUUUUUUAUUUAGCCAGUAUUUAUCCUCAAGGUGUUAAUGUAAUGGAUAAUAGAGGACGUGGUUUACUUCAUGCAGCAUGUGAGGGUGGAAAUAUAGAAGUAGUAAUAAUACUAAUUGAGGAACAUGGACUGGAUCCUUUAUUAGAAGAUGAAGAAGGCAUCACUUGCUUACAUUUACUAGCAGAAAUAAAUGAAUUUUUGUUGUUUGAUUUUUCAUUGGUUGAUAUGUACCAGUAUCUAGAACCAAACAUUGUCUCUAAUCCAGUACCUAAAGACAAGUCUGGUCGUACUCCUCUUCAUUAUGCUUCUCGUUCUAAUAAUAUUCGUAUGGUACGUUAUCUCAUAGAGACCUUUCCCUGUACUCCUGAUGAUCCUGAUAAUAAUGGAUACACUUCAGUUCAUGGAGCAUGCGAAGCUGGUAAUAUGGAGUUAGUACAAUACUUUCUAGCUGAUCAUAAUUGCAAUGCACUAGUGGAAACAAAUGAUUUAAAAACCCUGCUUUAUUAUGCUAGCAAGAGUUCUAACUUGGAGCUUGUUAGGUUUCUCAUUGAGAGAUAUAAUUUAAAACCUCAUCCUCAUGAUAUUGAAGUAGCUCAGGCCGUUAAUCCUGAUUCUUUAUUAGCUAAAUAUCUUGAAAAGGCCUAUCAUGAAAUGAUUCUUGAUAUGACGGAGGAGGAAAGAAGAAGAUAUUUCAAGCGAACAACAACAGGUGCAGGUAUUGAGGAACAUCAAAUUACCAAAAGAAUGAAACUAGGUGAGGAUUAGACAUAAAAAAGACAAAUUAUCAAGAACCAUACUAUCUUCACUUUUUGUUAUUCUUUAUUUCAAGUGAUAUGGCAAUGUAAUGAAAAUCCAUCAUUACAUGACUUAUUUUAACAUUAGCUCUUCUUUACUUGCAUGGGAACUUAAGCAGCAGCACAAUAUGGCAUAUAGGAAGGCCAUUAUUUCUAUUGCAUCACUACAAAUCACUAGUCAGGUGGGCCCGCCUGACUAACAAAUCACAGCUUCACAGUUUUUCUUUCUCUCACUUUUUGUAUUUAUCUUUUCGAAAUUUUAUCAUGUUACCUAUUACUGUUAUUUUUAGAAAUUGAUUCUUUGUUUGUACAUGGCAUGAUACAUGCACAUUUAUUGCUUUGCUUUCUGACUAUUAUUGUUAUUAUUAAUUAUAUUUGUUUACUAAAUUUGAUAGUUUAUUUGUUCUCUUUAUAAUUAAUCAGAUAAUCAACCUAUUGCA